AUGUACUUCACAAAAACAAUCACCUCGCUGGUCCUCGGUGUCAGCGCCGUCACCGCAGCGGUACUGCCUAGACAGAUCAACACGACUGCUCUCUCCAACACCACAACCACAAACACAACCCUGCCACCUGUUUCUCUGAACUCAGACACCUUCAUCAUCCGUGCUCAACAAUUGAACGACACUUCGAUUACCCUUGGGUACAUGUACGCCGAGUAUGCCUAUCCGCCAGGCUACUAUGCAACCCUUCGACCUUCAAAGAGCGAUGCUAUCGUGGGUCAUUUGACUGAUACGACGAAUGCCAGCAACAGCAGCUUGGUCUUUGGCAAUGUGAACCCCCAGGGCUUCGUGCUGUAUCCGUUGCUCUCGUACUCGAAUACUUCGAUUGCGCAAAUCUUCUCCGGCCAGCAGGGAACCAAGGGCGUCUUUGUUAAUGAGGGUGGAAUCGUGGAUUGGGCAUCUCAGAGGGUGUCUUGGUAUGGUGAGUCACGAUGUCUGUUAUUCUGUCGUGGAUCCAGUGCUGACCAUAUUUUCUCGAGCNNAGCUUGCGACCAGGCUCUGGAAUGGGGCAAAGCUACUGCCAUCUCGUAUAGAUGGAUGAACGUUACUACACCUCGCAACUGUGUCGAUAUUCAAUUGAUCGCAGAGUUUGUCUCUUCAUAG